AUGAACAGCUCCAACUCAUCUCACAAUUUCCGCUCCUCCCCGGCCAACAACAGUCCGGCGUACGAGCAGCACAACAUGCCCGCAUCCAACUCCAACUUCAACUCCUUCAACACUCGCCAAUCGGCCUUCCAGCCAUCCCACUCCCACAGCCAGUCCACAAGCGUGCUUCUCAACUCGUCUUCACGCUCCGGCUUCCGUUCACAGUCGCAGCAGUCGCAGCAGUCGCAGCAGCAGCAGCAGCAGCCCGGCUCCAACCGCUCCGUCAGCAUGCGUCCCAUGUCUGCUUUCCAGCCGCUCGACAAUCCAGACUACUACAAUGCAGGCGCCACCUCCAGCCCCACCUCGCCACGCCCGCCUUCCCCUACCGGCUCCACCGCAAGGUCCAUCCGCUCCACCGCCAACACCCCGCUCACCUUCAAGAGCCACGACCUCCGCAGCGCUCUCAGCCUCCAGGAGUCCCAGCAGAAGAAGCUCUACAUGGAGGGCUAUCUCCUCAAGCGCGACGACCUCGGCACCGACGGAAAGCCCCUCAACGUGGCCGACGACAAGCGUCGCUGGUCAGAGUGCUUCGUACAGCUCUCCGGCACCGUCCUCAGCCUCUGGAACGUCCAGCAGAUGGAAGACGCCGCAACUCGCGGCACCGAAGUGCCCCCCACCUACAUCAACAUCACCGACUCCUUUGUCGACUUCAUCGGCCUCCUCAUCGAAGAUCCAAAACUCAUCCCAGGCAGCCGCGGCCGCUACCACCACGCCUUCGCCAUCAACUCGGCCGGCAACAACCGCACCAUCUUUUGCUUCCGCGACCCUCCGCCCUUCCCGCCCGACUCGCUCGAACAGUACCUCGCCCCCGAACACCGCAACAAACCCGAGCACCGCACCGUCAUCGGAUGGCUCAACCUCGGCCAUCGCCACCUCCAGGCUUGGAUCAACGCCAUCCGCCUCGCCUCGUGGGAAAAGGUGCGUCUCGAGGAGAUCUACACCGGCGCUCUCAUCCGUGCCCGCCUCGGCGCCGUCGGUGGCCCCGCCUCGGCUUCCGCAGACGCAAAGCAGGCUCCCGCCGUCUCGGCUUCCGACCUCGCCAUCAAGUCGCCCCUCGUAAAGGGUAAGAUGGAGGGCUGGGUCAAGGCUCGCUUCAUGGGCUCCACCGAGUGGAAAAAGGUCUGGAUGGUCCUCACCGACCACAAGCCAGACGAGUCCGAAUUCGGCGCAAAGAAGAAGUUCUGGAAGAUCGGCUCCUCCGCCGGCGACCGCUCCAGCAUCAUGAGCGUCAACAGCGUAUCCACCGCCGCUCCCGGCGCUCCCGGCGCAGACGGCAAGGAGCUCCCACCUCCUCCCGGCAGCAACGGCGCGCCCGGCGUCGCCAGCUUCUUCGAGUCUAAAAAGGACAAGAAGCCCUUCGCCAGCCUCAUCUACGCCGCCCACGCCUUUGCCGUCUACCCCUCGCGUCCCGAACUCGUCGAGGGCUCGAGCCUCUUCAAGAUCGAAGGCGUCUUCCCCAACUCCACCGUCCUCUCCGCCACCCACCGCGUCCGCACCACCGGCUGGGUCAUGCUCAUGCCAGAGCUCGACACUGCAGGCAGCAAGGGCGCCAACGCAGAGAUGAUGAAGUGGAUCAUCGCCUUCAUGGACGCCUUCAAGCUCUACGGCCGUCCCGACGCCUUUGUCUGGGAGGCUCGCGACCCCGUCUCGCCCUUCUUUGCCUACCCCAUCGGCCCCUUCAAGGACCGCCUCUUCCUCGACAGGGAGCUCGCAGAGUUCCUCGAGAUCGCACGCGAGGACCACCUCACCACCCGCUCCGCACUCCACGGCAUCAUGGCCGCACGCAUGCGCGGCGAGCGCACAAAGAUCCUCCAGCCCCUCCCGCCUCCGUCCCAAAACACCGUGCUGCCCACCCGCACCCCCACCAGCGUGCCCAUGGACGACUCUCGCUCCGCCGCUUCGUCCAACUCGCGCCUGCCGCCCCUCGACUUUGCCGCCAGCCAGCCCGCCGCACAGCCCGCCGCUCCGGCGCUCGCACCCACGCACCAGCAGCAGCACCAAGAAGAUACCAGAGAGCUUCCGGCCGAGCUGCCCGCAAAGCUGCCCCAAACCUUCAAGGAUUCGGCGCGCGGUGACGCUCGCAACGAUGAAGAAGCUCGUCCGGCUUCGCCCGACUUCGACGGCUACCGCCCACCGCGCGAGACGCGUCCCGGUCAGAUGCCGCCCACCUACACAGGCGCACAGACACAGACCGCCACCACUGCCGUGCCGGCUGCACUCACCCCUGCAGGUCCGGCCGGCGCCGUGGCUUCCGUCAGCCUCGCCGCCGCCGAGCCGCUUGUCAACCGUGCCCCGGUCGCCGCACCGCAGACUGCAACGCUCGUCUCCAACGACGCGCACGCAGCUCCUGCAGCCGUUGUGCAGCCCACAUCGCAACCGGCUCCAGCUGCAGCAACCAGCCCAACUGCCCAACAACCCACACACGCGCAGGAGUCUUCGCUCGCCUACCUUGGUGCGUCCAGCGCAUCGCACGCCACUUCUCCCACUGUGGCGUCCGAGCCCGCUGCUGCCCGUGCUGCCCCUGUCUUUGGUCCUUCCGGCAGGGGCGCACAACAGACCAGCUCGGACGACGUGCGCGGUUCCAGGCGCGAGUCCCUGCCCACCAACUACGACGAGAGUGCGCUCUUCUAUAUGGCCUCCAUCUCUGACCAGCUUCCCGCCCCGACCGCACAGCCCGUCGUCAUGUCCGGCCCCAGCCGCGCCGUCGUCACCAAGGAGAGCUCGCUGGCUUCGCGUCCGCAAAGCCUCGCACCCGCAUCGGGCACCACCUCCGCCAUCCAGUCCGAGAGUACGCACACCACCCGUCUUUCGUCGGACCAGGCACAGGCGGCCAGUGUGGCGGCACCGGCGCUCCCGGCCGCCGCUGCUGUGGUGCCUGCGCAGGACCACCACGUCAAGUCCGUCGACCAACCCGCGUCGAGGGCAAACCAGACGGCCGACGACUCGAUCAACGACGAUGCGCUCGCGGCCUACUCGUUCUUGGAGCAGCCGCCUUCGCCCGCGCUUCGCACCGCUGAGCUCGCACGUCGAUCCACGGACGCCGAGCGCAGCCCCGUGCCUUCCGUUGCUGCACCCAUCGUGACGCAGACGGCGCCGGUGUCGACGAACGAGACGUCGAGCUUCGACGCUCGCCCUGCGGCUGUGCAGUACCCGUCGACGUUUGGACAGAACAAGCGGGCUGCCGAGCGCAAGUCGAUCGCUCAGAUGCAGGCGCAGGCGCACCAGGAGGCGCUCUCCAAGCCGGGCCGUGCUGGCGGCGCCAAGCCCAAGGGCCUGCGCCGUCCUGGCUGGGUCGACGACAGCGAGGAAGAAGAGGACGAGGAGGAGGAAGACGAAGAGGAAGACGAUGCCGCCGAUGCUGCGCAUGCAGGCCCGGGUCUGGCUCAGCGUGCCGGUGCAGGAAGCGCGGUGCGCUCGGCGGCUAGCUCGAGCCGCGGCGCACCGGGCACCGACUCGCCCGUCAACCUCGCCGACUCGGUGGGCAGUCUGGGCCGCAGCCACGACGCCGCUGGGCAGGCUGGAGCUCCGGGUGCGUUCCCUCGCUCGGCGUCGGGCUACGGCGCGAGUGUGCUGGGCGGUUCGCGAAGUGCGUCGCCGGGUCAGUCGCCCGCGCGUCCCGGCAUGACGCAUCCGUCCAUCCAGGCGUACCAGCGCCAGUCGAUGUUCAACACGCACCUUGCCGCGGCUCACGGCGACGAUGCGCGGUCGCACACGCCACCGCAGGCACCACAAGGUCCGAUCGUACGCGACCGCCAGACGUUCCUGCAGCUCAACCCAGAGGAGCAGCCCGGCGCGAUGACCACCGUCUUCACGCCGCACGGCCUUGUGCAGGCGGGCGCGCAAGACAAAGCCGAGCGCUCGGCCAAGGCGCAGGAAGCCGAAGCGCGUGCGAUGGGCAGCCAUCUGGUCAACGUGCCCAACAAGCCUCCGCCUCCGCAGGCGGGGUUGUUGGGAGCCAUUACGGCGCACGAGCGCGACCGCAAGGGUGCGGGUGGUUUUGGCGCGACCCUUACGGAGCGCGAACGCGAGCGUGUGGCAGCCGAACGUCGACAGCGCGACGAAGACGCCGCGAGGCAGCAGGCGCAGCAGAUGCAGCAACAGCAGAUGCAGCAGAUGGCCUACUUCAACCCCAUGAUGUACCAGCAGAUGAUGAUGUCCGGCAUGAUGGGCGGCAUGGGCGGCAUGGGUGGCAUGGGCGGCAUGGGGAUGAUGGGCAUGGGCAUGCCAGGGAUGGGCGGCUUUGGAGGCAGCCAAAUCGGCGGUAGCCAGAUGGGCUUUGAUCCUAUGAUGGCUCAGCAACAGGCGAUGCAGGCGGCGCAGAUGGCGUACAUGAAAGCGCUGCAGCAGGCGCAUGAAGGCUCCGUCGUCGGACAUGGAUCGCCGGGAGCGGCGCCGGCGAGUGCGAUGGGCAUGCAGACGGGUAUGCCGUUCGUGGCGAGCCCGCACAUGAGCAUGAUGGGCGCCCCCUAUCCUGGAUUCAUGGCGCAGUCCGGCAUGGGGAACAGCGAGUAUAACGGCGCCACCAGCCCGUCGCAGAGGCCGAACAAGCCGAACGGCCAGAACUGA